AUGGCUCUCACACAGUUUGCCUUCCGGACUCUUAAGGGGAUCGGUGUGGUCAACGGCGCACCUAAUUACGAGCCGCUUUCCGGUUUUGAAAGACCUCAAGGAAACCUGCGAUGCUGCUCCUACUCCCCAUGCGGCCGAUAUUUCGCAUGGGCCUACCCUGAAAAGGUCAACAUUAUCGACUCUGACACAGGUGUCAUCAUCUCCUCCCUUCCCGCCGAGAAUGUUUUCGAACUGGGCUUCUCGCCCAAGGGUACCUACAUCAUCACGUGGCAACGCCCUGCCAAGGACGAAAACGGUGACGCCGUCAAGAAUCUCAAGGUGUGGCUGGUCAUUGACGAAAAGGCUCUGGCGGAAGGCGUCGACAAGGAGCCGGUCGCCAGAUUCGUGCAAAAAUCGCAGACUGGUUGGAACCUGCAGUACACACACGAUGAGGCCUUUUGUGCGAGAGUGGUUACCAACGAGGUGCAAAUCUACGAGAGCCACGACCUGAAAACGGUUUGGAAUAAAAUCCGGGUCGAGGGUGUGACCGACUUUGCGGUGUCCCCGGGGCAGAGCCACACCAUUGCAGUCUUUGUACCAGAGAGAAAGGGACAACCAGCGGCUGUCCGAGUUUACAACGUGCCGAAUUUCACCACCCCCGUAUCUCAGAAGAAUUUCUUCAAAGGUGACAAAGUUCAGCUCAAGUGGAAUGAGAAUGGCUCUUCUUUGAUUGUGCUGGCACAAACUGAAGUCGACAAAACUGGCAAAAGUUACUAUGGAGAGACCACACUCUACCUCCUUAGUGCCAACGGUGGCUUCGAUUCACGGAUAGAUCUAGGUGGGUUCCUUCCUGAAUUCUUGCCCGAUGUGCAAGUGCUAAGUAGUGCAUCAGACAAGGAGGGCCCCAUUCACGAUGUUGCAUGGUCACCCCAGUCGAACAGCUUUGCUGUGGUGUACGGUUACAUGCCGGCAAAGACGGUGAUAUUCAACUCCCGAGCUCAGCCAGUACACACAUUUCCGCUCGGACCGCGCAAUACUGUACUUUUCUCCCCCCAUGGGCGUUUUGUUCUUGUGGCCGGUUUCGGAAAUCUUGCUGGUCAGAUGGACAUAUAUGACCUGGAGAAGGACUUCGCCAAGAUCUGCACCAUUGAGGCAAGUAACGCAAGCGUGUGCGAAUGGUCGCCUGACGGCAUUCAUAUCUUGACCGCAACCACGUCGCCCCGGCUGCGAGUCGACAACGGCAUCCGCAUCUGGCAUGCUGGUGGUUCUCUGAUGUAUAACGAGGAUAUGAAUGAGCUUUACCACGUUUGUUGGCGGCCGCAACCCGCUGAAGCUUACCCUCUGGGUGCUAAUCCACUUGCCGAUAUCCCGACGGCACAUAGCAGUGCGAUGGAAUAUAUGGCAGCCCGGAAGACACCUAGUAAACCUGCUGGUGCGUACAGACCACCAGGCGCUCGUGGACAGGUCACACCUCUGGCCUUCAAGCGCGAAGACGAAGGUGGUGCUGCAUUCGUUCGCGAGGGUAUCUCAUCUUUCUCAAGCAACAUCAAUGGGUUCGGAAAGCCUCGGCAACGGGUAGUUCCAGGUGCUGAACCUGCUGAGGAAAAGACACCGCUCCCUCCUGGUGCUGCUCCUGGAGGGGGUGUGAGUUUGACAGGCACUGGGGAAGGAGCAGAUGGAGAACCAUUGUCCAAGGCGGCUAAGAAGAAUGCAAAGAAGAGAGAAGCAAAGAAGGCGGCGGCGGCGGCGGCAGCUCGCGAGCAACAGCAAGGCGGUGGGCCCGCAAGUAACCUCGCGCCAGAGCAACGACAGCAAGGUGGAAGGGGGAAGAGUCCAAGUCGAAGCCCGGACGGUCGUGGCCAUCAGCGCAGCCGAAGUAGGAAUUACGUGCCAGCGCCUGGUCUUGAGCCGCCCAGUGGGCCGAAGAAGGAGCGGAGCCGGAGCAACAGUCGACGACAACGCGGUGAUACGAACAGCUCGACGUAUGAUAGAUUUGCAAAUGGCACGCCCAAGGGGCCUGCACCGGGAGCAGCACCCAAUGCUAAUCAGCAGAACAAGACACCUCGCACCAACGCGCCGACGAGUAUCAACACGACUAUUCCCAUGCCCACACCUCCACCGGUUCCCCAAGCGUCACAAAUCCCUCCCGAAUUGGAAGUCACCUCCCCAAUGACCCCUGGCGGCAACCCACAGGACAAGAAAAUCCGCGGACUCUUGAAGAAGAUUCGAGCGAUAGAGGAUCUCAAGAUGCGCUUUGCUGGGGGAGAAAAGUUGGAGGAUACGCAGAUGAGGAAGAUUCAAAGUGAGGAAGGGGUUAGGAAAGAGUUGGCGGCGCUGGGGUUUUCUGCGUGA